GUCGCGAAUUUCGCACAAAUUUAGUGUUUGUUGUGAUAAUAAUGAUAAAUACGGCCAAAUACUUUGCUCUUUUAGAGGAAUUAACUUUAAAUAAGGCACUAGCAAAUAAGUCAAGCAACUCAGAUCCACCCGAUGUCCUAGAAAACAACCUGUUAAUUUUAGAGAAAUAUGUGAAACUAGAGGUUGAUCAGCAGUUGCAUGAAUUGUGCGAGGAAUACCUGUUGACCGCCGCGCAGAAAUGCAGUAUAGAUCCCACAAGGGAACCCACAAUUUCCUAUAUAGUGAGACUGCAACAUGUGCUACACUCCAUUACGAAGAAUAUCAACUUCCAUAGCGACGCCAAGGAGGAUCUAAUAUCGGUGGCCCACCUGAAACUGUGCAUUCAGGCCACCCAGGAGCUGUCCUAUUAUUCCCUUCGAUGUCAGUUGCAUGAGGAUUUUUACAAGUCGCCUAUAUUCAAUGAGGCCGACGGAAAAGUGAAGGCGAAUCCUUGCUUGCUGCUCCUGAGCAUUCAGUUCUUCGUAAAUCUACUGCCAAUACGACAGUUUCACAUAGCCAACUCCAUGGAGCUAGUUGAAAGGGAUCUUCUGGCCGCCAUUAUGAGUCUGCGUGUUGAGGAGGACUCGGUGCACUUGGAAAAGGCUAUAUCCUACCUCUGGCAACAGGAAUCCAAAGCGGAUUUCUUCCGGCACAUCCUACUCUUGAAGGCCACACCUCUCAGCACUCCUCUGGCCAAAGUGUUGCACCAUCAACUCCUCGGAAAACUAAAUUCAGCCCAAGGAUUUUUCAGCUUUGUGGAGGCGCUGCAUCAGACGCCCAAUGUGAGUCCCACAAGAAAUGCGGAAAUUGUUGCGGGAAUUGUGGCUAGGAAGGGAUUCUCUCAACUUGCGCAGGAAAAGAUGAUUCUCCAGGUGUUUGAGUAUUGUAAAUUUAACCUUCGGGAUGCGGACAAAAUGUGUGCCGGUGUCUUAUCCCUUAGGAGGCUCUACGAUCUAAAUGAUGCCAAUCAGAAGCAGAUAGAGGAAACCUUAUACAAGCACUGGGAGAGUCUUAUUAACCCGGAAGAUGUUAUAAGUGGUUUAAUCGUAAUGGAACACCAGGAACUCUGCAAUCGCAUCCUCUUGUGGCAGCAUCUUUUCUGCUCCUCCACCGUGGCUUGUUUGGCCAGUAACCUUCUAGUUCCUUACCUUCCCCUGCUUUUUCAACUCUACGACGGUUUUCCUUUAGAACUACCAGCCACUAAACAGCUUUCUAUGAUCAUUUCACGUUGUCUGGAUAACAGAGAAAGGGAAAAGGAACUGCCAGAAGUGCUUAAAAGACUUUUAAAGUGGCAAGUCGACGAGGAACCUCCUUGGUACAGUUUUCACCCACGAAUUCUCAUCCUCCCUUCCGCAAACAACCAAGUUCAGGUUAAAGUAGCCCACCAGGAGCACCAAGUGGAUCAUGAUAUGGGCAGAAUUUUGCCUGGACUGCUUAUCUCAAGCUCUCAUCACACGCUCACUUGCAAUGUUUUCCUAGUUCUUUUACGUUUUAUGGGCAACCAGUUAAAGGAAAAGUCAUCAGCCAGUGUUGAUUUUAUUUCAACGGAAACGGAGCUGAAGGACUUUCUGAACUCAAAGUAUCAACUAAAGCUGGAUUUGCUUAUUGCGCUGAACCAAAUGGUGGCUCACCAACCAUUAAGGGCUCAGCUAGCCUUGCACACCAAGGAGUUCUUGCUCAUACUAAAAGACUUGUUGGACCAUCAUUCUGGAAAACAGGACACUGCGGACCAUAUCUUACUCAUUGUCCUAAACCUUUUGCAGGAACUUAUUGAGGGCAGCGAGGAUCUUUGGCUCGCGGAAAGCACUAAAGAACUGAAGCAACAACUGCAGCAGUUGCGAUUACGAUCUUCUAACCCUCUCGUUCUCCAAUCUGUACAAUCCUUGAUUACAUUAAUCGAAGGAGUGUGGCGACCAAGUGAAGCCAUAAAAAUCCAACCAUUUCACAAAGCUCGCUCUUUGAUAGAGGAAAAGCAGUCCCAUUUGCAGGUGUACGGCAUUCAGAUGAUAAUGGAUUUGCUCAAGAAAAGAGAUCCCGCUACCAUGUCGCAGGGUCAUCUCAUUUUAGCUUUAGCUCUGACCACUCUUAAGAACAAGGAAUCGUACACAUUCCUCAAUUGUGUUCGGCUCUUUGUGUCGUUGGUUCAUGUGAUGGAGUCCGAAGUGCUGGACAAGCUGAGUGACGAGUACUUAUCGGAGACGGCUGAGUUGGAUUACCGAUUGGUUGUGGGCGAAGCUAUCCUGAAAGUCGCUCAGGAGUUAGGCCCACUUUGCUAUAGAUACAAGGCUGUUCUGCUCAAUUGCUUUAUGCACGGCUCACGAUCUCCGGUUCACGAUUUCAGAAUGUCAGCGUUUGCCAAUCUCGCCCAGCUUUGUCGUCUGUUGGCCUAUCAGGUGCAGAACUUUUUCCACGAGCUUCUCCAACUGGUUAAUAGCGAAUUAAACAACGGCGGCUUUGUGCCUACUAAGCGGGCAGCUGUCUUGGUUUUGGCUGAACUGUUAAACGGCAUGGAGAAUCUACUGGACUACCAGGAAAUGCUUCUACCCAUUUAUCGACUGCUAAAAGCCAUCGAAUCAGAGGAGUCUUGUGAUGCGCAAAUGCGUCAGCAUGCAGCUAAUGGCCUGAAAAUAUUAAACGAGAAGUGCAAAAUGCUAAUUCAAUGUAGCUUAGAGGAGAAUUCGUUACAAAAACAGAUAAAGGUGCUGGGCAUCAAGGACGAUGUUUCUUCUCAAAGAAAAAACCGUCAUAUUCUCGAACUGAAUUAAAUAUUAGCCUAUAAAUCGUGAAAAUCGUUUAAGAAUUUGUAAUUCUAUUGUAUACAAAAUAGUUUAACAUUAUAAUUUACAAGA